UGGAGCCUAUCCCAGCUGACACUGGGUGAGAGGCAGGGUACACCCUGGACAGGUCACCAGACUAUCACAGGGCUGACACAUAGAGACAGACAACCAUUCACACUCACAUUCACACCUACAGACAAUUUAGAGUCACCAAUUAACCUGCAUGUCUUUGGACUGUGGGAGGAAGCUGGAGUACCCAGAGAAAACCCACGCUGACAUGAGGAGAACAUGCAAACUCCACACAGACGGGCCUCCCCAGCCUGGGGUUCGAAAAGUUCUACUAGUUUCCUUUGUGUAGAUAUACAUAUAACAACAACAGAGCAAAGACCUCAUCAGUCAGUUAUGAUCUGGAACAUGACCUUUUUCUUUUGAGAUAUAGUUUGGUUUGCCACUUUCUGUUCAUGACCAUCAGCUCAUAAAUUUCUGAACACUUAGGAGGUUGAUGAGGGUGGCACUUGCUGUAUUGAUUAGCAGUACUGCCAAGAGGGUGGAUGUCCUUUUUUAUCGAAAUUUUCCUUGUGUUUUCAGCUUGUCCGUCAACAGACAGCACAACAGAGCCUUUGCUGCUCUAGAAGAUUUUAGAUAUGUGAUUUCAGCUCAUGUUUUUGUGCACUUAAGUCCAACUUUAUCAUGCUGAGAGAAUAAAAAGAGCACAAUCAACAACAGAAACAUGAACCACACAUGCACACAGGCAGUCAUUCAGUGCCUGUGCCACAAUUUGGUUAAUACUCUGCACAUCAGUACUCUCUCUGGUAAAUUUGUUUGUACAAGGGCACAUAAUUAACUCAUUCCUCCUCCCAAUUUUUUUUUUUUUACAAACCACUUUACAUUUAUAUAUCACAUUACAUUUUGGUAAUCUCUUUUACUCUCCGUAACAGAGCUACACUAAUGGCUCACUGGUGUGUGCUCACCCUUGUGUAACCUCUCUGUUAACUCUGAUAACACUUCCUCUUUUCACAUAUGCAGCAAACACCUUGUGAUAUGAUAACUUGUUCUUGCAGAGUAUUGCCAAACAGAGACAAAGACGCAGAAUACUGGGGCAUCACAUUUACUAGAAAGCAGGAACUGGAAGAUGUGGCUGGACAGAGAGGGGUGGUGAGCAUGUCGCACAAUGCUGAGCUCAUAUCAUAUUCAACAAUCUUACAAAGAGCCACACCUCAGCUUCCUUAAAAGGGGCUGCAUUUUUGGCUUUUAAAGCACUUCAAGCUCAUCAUGACGUCUCUGCCAGCCGCGACCAAAAAUGGUAUCAGUGGUGAAUGAGGACGGAGAACAGACCGCUCAUCUAGUGAUCAGAAAAAAAUUAAGCUUCUACACAAGUUUCUGGAGUUGCAGAGGAGCAGAAUACUGUCUCAGUCACACAGUAACUUAUGGAGGGUGGUUCCACUACAAAGACUGUACUCAGCUCAACAAGGAGGCGCUUCCUCCUCUCCUUCCUCUUAGUUUUACCACUGGGUCUUCUCAAUGGAUGGCCAAGGAGAUUCCAGACUCAGACAGCCAGAUAUCGGAACUGGAGCAGCAGUAGAAACAUCACCAUCCUGCUGUGGUACUGGCCCUUCGGCAGGUCAUUCAGCCUGAAGGGUGACGUUUGCUGGGACCUCUACAGCAUCCCUCACUGUAGACUGGUGGACCAGCGCUCCUCGUUCCCCUCAGCCGAUGUGGUGGUGUUCCACAACAAAGAGCUGGCAGUACACCGACAAAAACUGCCCCUGUACCUUCCACGAUCACGGGGCCAGAGGUGGGCCUGGAUGUCCCUUGAAGCCCCUACUCACAAUGGAAACUUGAGUCAGUAUGCAAACAUUUUUAACAUGACUAUAACGUACAGGAGGGAUGCUGAUGUCACUGUACCAUACGGCAAGCUGCUACCUAAGAAGGCUGAAGGAGAUCUGGCGGAAGACGUCCCUCAGAAUAAGAGCUUCUUGGCCUGUUGGGUGGUCAGCAACUACAGGAACCGUCACAAGAGAAGCCAAGUGUACAAAGAGCUCAAUGCCAUGGUUCCUGUGACGGUUUACGGUCGGUGGACAAAGACACCCCUUCGCUCUUCAGCUCUCUUACCUACAAUCUCUCGCUGCUACUUCUAUUUGGCUUUUGAGAACUCAUUCGCCAAAGAUUACAUCACAGAGAAGCUGUGGAGGAAUGCUUACCAAGGCGGGGCAGUGCCUGUCGUCCUUGGACCGCCAUUAGAGGAUUACAAAGCCGUGGCUCCACCUAAUUCUUUCAUCCAUGUUGAUGAGUUUGCAUCAGUCAAAGACUUGGCAAAGUAUCUACAACAGCUUGCAGAGGACAAGAAACGCUACAGUGAGUAUUUCACCUGGAAACGUCAGUGGAAAGUGAAGCUGUACACAGACUGGAGGGAGAGAGUGUGCAAGAUCUGCUCACAGUACAACAGUUUACCUCAGGAGAAAAUUUACUCCGACCUAGAGGCCUGGGUCAAGGCUAAUAACAGCUGAGCUUGCAUAAUUGUAGUUGAGGGAAUAGUUCGGAUCUUUGAAAGUUGGGUUGUAUGGGGUACAUAGCCAUAGACAGUGUGUUGCAUACAGUAAAUGUUGGUCGACACGCUGCUAGUUUGUUAGCAGGAGUUCCACUUCGAAACAAAGCAAUGCACUGCUGUGGAUGGGGUCAGCAGCAAAACAUGUUUUAGCCACCUAACUUAAGUCCCACUUGAAUAAAAUCAAUAAAAAUGUAAGUGUACACUGUAUGUAGAACAUUUUCAGAGCUUUACCUUUCAGUCACACAGCCCCUUCUGAGAGAGAGGCCAUUAACAGCUUCAGUUCUCCAUUUCGUCAAAGCCACCAGACUCCACUGAGAAAAAUAGUGAUUUUAGCUUGAUGAACACAGAUCCACUGCUGCUCCAAAUUAGUUAGUUUGUUUGUGUUAUUGUGUGACUUUGGUGAAUCCAAACUAACCUUCUUAAACGCCAAGGUCAGGUCACACAAUAACACAAACAAAGUAACUAAUGGAGGCAGAGGUACACCAGUAGCUCCUGUAUCCAACAGUAUUUAAUUACUGCUUUUCUUAAUGGAGUCUGGCAUUAGGCGAUAAAACAGCUUUAGUUCCCAGCUGCAAAAUGUUGACUAAUGGCAAGGUAAAACAGUGAAAAUAUUUUAAAUGUAGCCUCUUGAAUUGAUUCUGUUUUUUUUUAAAGUGGUUAAAACUCAUUUUGCUGCUGGCCCCUUCCACAGCAGUACAUUGCUUAGCUUCUGUGGCAGCAUUCCUGCCUGCUUCUCCAAUGUGCCGACUGACAUCUACUGUAUCUAAUACACUGAUUAUGGAUAAGUACCUCAUACAACAUCACCGACCAAUCCCUUUAAUGUGUCAUGUUUUGACAUAUCAGCAGACAUCAUGACCUCAUUUUUUGCAUCAGGACUUAGUACUCUUCUGUCAUUCAAGAUGCAUAUUUUCAAAAUGUGUUCAGUUUUAAUGCUGAUGCUGUGCCGAUUACAUAAAUCGUUAAACUGUGAUAAUCAGAUCAUGGGAAACAUGGCUGAGCAGCAAGUUUAAAAAAAAAAAAAAAAAAAAAGAAAA